AUGGCGAUUAAAAUGGUGAACGGCCACCACGGAAAUGACAUUCCAGCACCUCCUGUUGACCCUGUCUCAAGACCACAGACACAGACUCCUCUGCCCCCUCCACCGCCACCAACGUCAGAUCUGGCGCCACCUCCACCCCCAGCCGACAACGGAGUCCCUCCGCCGCCGCCAGAAGCCAUCCCGCCACCGCCGGUUAACGAGCUGAAACCCCAAGCUCCCCAGAAGAAAAGAUGGGGAUCGACCAAGACAACAAAGGUCACGCCGCUGAGCGUGGAAGAACUCUUGAAAAAGAAACGAGAGGCCGACCUGGCUGCCAGCAAGCCGAAGUUCCUGUCCAAGGCGGAGCGCGAGCGGUUGGCCCUGGAGAAACGAGCAAAAGAAGUCGAGGCUGCCGCCGCAUCAAAAUCCAAGCCUCAGAACGGUAGUCUUUCAGCAUCUACAGAGCCUGAGCGGCGCAAGGCUAAUUCAGUCCCGAACGGGCCGAGGGCCUCGCGUAAUGGAGAUAUUCCGACGGGUCCUGCUGCCAUGCGGUCCCGAGAUUACAAUAAUAAAGGUGGUGAUUCGGCGCCGCCUGCACCUUCAAAGUCGAGAGCAUCCGGCGGCGAUUCUAAGGCGCAAAAAAGGCAGGCCAACGAAGAUGCGCUGGAAAAGGCAGAAUCCGACUUGAUUCGGCAAAGGUACAUGGGCGCCAACCUGAACGUUUCUACAUUUUCCGCCCUCAAGAAGAGACGACGGACGACGGAAAAGAAGUUUAAUUUCGAGUGGAACACGGAAGAAGACACGACGCCGGAUUAUAAUCCCAUCUACAACGACCGAGCGCAACUCUCCUUCUUUGGACGUGGCCGGUUGGGUGGAUUCGACGAUCAGGCGGCGGAGGAAGCGGCAAGAAAGUACGCCGAAGUGUUACAGUCGAGGGACGGAGAGGCUGGAGCUGCACGGGCUCAAGAAAUGCUCGAGAUGGAGCGGAAGAGAAAGGAAGAAUCUCAUCGGACGGCGAUCGACAAACAUUGGAGCGAGAAGAGAUUGGAUCAAAUGCGGGAACGAGAUUGGCGCAUCUUCAAAGAAGACUUCAACAUCAGCACCAAGGGCGGAGGUAUCCCCAACCCUAUGCGGAACUGGCAGGAGUCGGCCCUACCACGACGGUUAUUGGAGAUUAUCGACCAAGUCGGAUACAAGGAUCCUUCGCCCAUCCAGCGAGCGGCCAUUCCCAUUGCCCUUCAGAACCGAGACCUGAUCGGUGUGGCUGUGACUGGGUCUGGUAAAACAGCCGCGUUCCUGCUCCCACUUCUCGUCUACAUCUCCGAACUACCGCGGCUCGACGAAGAUGAAUCGCGACGCAACAACGGUCCUUAUGCCAUUAUCCUCGCUCCCACGCGUGAGUUGGCGCAACAGAUUGAGAUCGAGGCGAGACGGUUCGCCACUCCUUUAGGCUUUACGGUCGUAUCCAUUGUCGGUGGCCAUUCGAUCGAAGAACAAGCCUACAACCUUCGCAACGGGGCCGAAAUCAUCAUCGCCACCCCCGGUCGUCUUGUCGACUGUAUUGAACGGCGGAUCAUCGUGCUGGAACAAUGCUGUUACGUGAUCAUGGAUGAAGCCGAUCGAAUGAUCGACCUCGGUUUCGAAGAGCCGGUGAACAAGAUCCUCGACGCCCUUCCCGUCGGCAACGAGAAACCCGACUCGGAAGCGGCCGAAGACAGCCGGGCCAUGUCCCGGUCUCUCGGGGGCAAAGACCGCUACCGCCAGACGAUGAUGUACACCGCGACCAUGCCUGGGGCAGUGGAGCGCAUCGCACGCAAAUACCUGCGGCGCCCCGCGAUCGUGACCAUCGGCAACAUUGGCGAAGCCGUCGACACGGUGGAACAGCGGGUCGAGUUCGUCGCGGGCGAAGACAAACGCAAGAAGCGGCUGCAGCAGAUUCUGGCUUCGGGCGAGUUCCGACCGCCCAUCAUCGUCUUUGUCAACAUCAAGCGCAACUGCGACGCCGUGGCUCGUGACAUCAAGUCGAUGGGCUUCAGCUCGGUCACGCUACACGGGUCCAAGACACAAGAGCAGCGUGAAGCCGCGCUGCAGUCGGUGCGCGACGGCAAGACCGACGUCCUCGUGGCGACGGAUUUGGCGGGUCGUGGUAUCGAUGUGCCCGACGUCUCGCUCGUGGUCAACUUCAACAUGGCCAACAACAUUGAAUCCUACACCCAUCGUGUCGGCCGAACCGGGCGUGCCGGCAAGAGCGGCGUCGCCAUCACCUUCCUCGGCAACGAGGACGCCGAUGUGCUGUACGAUCUCAAGCAGAUGCUGAUGAAGAGCAGCAUCAGCCGCGUCCCUGAAGAGUUGAGGAAGCACGAAGCCGCCCAGCAGAAAAGCCAGCGCGGGGGAGGGGGAGGUGGAAGGAAAGCCAACACUGCGAAUGAUGAGAGUGGUGGGUUUGGUGGGAAAGGAGGAUUCGGUGGAAAGGGUGGUGGAGGAGGAGGAGGUGGUAGUGGUGGUGGGUGGUAG